UCUUGGAAAAAUAAAUGGAAGAAAACAGAAAUUUAAUUUUAAUAAUGAGAGGAAAUCAAUAGAUAGUUUUUAAAAGAUGUUUCUUACAGUGCCUUUAUACCAGUGCAAUCAUUAAAUAACAAUCUAAUGCAAAACUUCCUUUACGAAUUCCAUUUGUUUUCAUUAUGACAAAGCGCCGAAGGAUCGUUCAAGCUGAUAAAAUUGUACAAAAUAUAGCCCAAGUGUUUUGUUUGUUAAUGUUUUUACAAUUAAAAGGUUACUAUGCAGUAACUAACAAUCCUGUUUUAUUAUAUUCGACUGCAUCAGAUAUAAGACUUUUAAACGUGUCGAAAGCGGGUAAAGUUAACCCUAUAAUUAAAGGAUUGGAGCAAGGAUCUGCUGUUGACUUUUUGUUUACAAAGGAGUUAAUUUGCUGUUCAGAUCAAACUGCAGAAUUAAUACAAUGUAUGACUUACAAUGAAACAUAUUCUGGUGAAAAAGAAAGAAUAGUUUCAGAAGGUUUGAUAACCCCAACAGGGAUCGCUAUAGACUGGUACACUGACAAAAUAUAUUGGACAGAUGGUGAAACUAAUAGAAUUGAAGUUAUUAGUAUUGAUCAAAAAUUUAGAAAAGUAUUAUUUUGGUCUGAAGUUGAUUUAGCAAGAGCUAUUGCAGUUGUUCCAAAAGAUGGAUUAAUGUUUUGGACAGACUGGGGUGAGAUACCUAAAAUAGAGAGGGCUGGUAUGGAUGGUAAUCAAUCAUCUCGGAAAGUUAUUGUCAAAGAUGAUAUAUUCUGGCCUAACGGUAUCACUAUUGAUUAUGAUAGUGAUAUCAUCUACUGGGCUGAUGCAAAACUACAGUUUUUAGAUGCUAUUGAUUUCGAUGGUGGGAAAAGAAAGAGAAUAAUCAAAGGUGGUUUAGAAUAUCCAUAUGCACUUACAUUUUUUAAUGACAAACUUUAUUGGACUGAUUGGAAAACUUGGACAAUCUACAACUGGGAUAUAGCCACAAAUGGUCCUAUAAAGGAUGUCAUAAAAUCUAACCCAGUGCCUGUUGACAUCAAAGUGUUUGAUGGCAGCAGACAAUUAAUGCCUACAGGAGAUUACCCUUGUAAAUACAACAAUGGCGGUUGUUCCCACCUAUGUCUUCUUUCUCCUACUCCACCAGGUUAUGUGUGCGCAUGUCCAACAGGCGUGAAGUUAAAAGAGGAUAGCAAUACAACUUGUUACAGCUCUCCACAGUCAAUACUGCUGGUAGCUCAGCGGACUAUAAUCUCCAAGAUAUCAUUAGAUUCACCAGAUUUCACACCAUACACAGUCCCAGUUAAAGAUCUCAAAAGAGCACUUAGUGUUGACUUUGAUACAAAAACAGAAUAUAUGUAUUGGGCUGAUAGUUUGUCAAAGACGAUAUCCCGGGCGCGGCUGGACGGCAGCGAGCAGUCCGUGGUGAUACACAGCUACGGCGUGCCCGACAGCAUCGCCAUCGACCAACUCGCACGCAACAUCUACUGGACGGAUCCUGCCACUGACACCAUCAAUGUUGCCAGGCUUAACUUCGAUUUUAAAAAAGUAAUAAUUCAUGAAGACCUAUUGGACCCUCGAGCGAUAGCGUUACAUCCAGAAGCCGGUUUGAUGUUCUGGUCUGAUUGGAACGAAAAGAAACCUAAGAUAGAGCGAGCUAAUCUCGACGGCACGGGCCGCGUGCUGCUGGUCUCGGAGAAGUUGACCUGGCCCAAUGGUAUCGCUAUAGACACUGUUAACAACAAAUUGUACUGGGGUGAUGCGAGGAUUCAUAAAAUUGAAGUAAGCAAUAUGGAUGGUACAGACAGAAAGGAGCUACACAACAGUGACAUUCUCCAUGUGUUUGGUUUGUCUCUGCUCGGUGAACAUCUGUACUGGUCGGACAUGCAGAGACGGACUUUAGACAGAAUCAAUAAAGAUAACGGUGGCGAGCGCCAGCUGGUGGGGGAGCAGAUGGCCAACAUGAUGGGUGUGAAGGCGUUCCGCGUGGGCGAGCCCCCCGCAGCAGCCGCCCUCAGCCGCUGCAGCGCCGGCAACGGCGGCUGCUCGCACUUCUGCUUCAACAGGCCCAAUGAAUACAUCUGCACAUGUCCCCUAGUGAUGGAGUUAAAAAGGGACAGAAAGACCUGCAUAGACCCAGAUGCGUUCUUAGUGUACAGUCGGAAAAACAUUAUUGGUAUAAUCAGCAUUGAUAAUGAAGAUAACGAGGAAGUGUUGCCUGUUAAAGACUUGAAGGAAGUCAGUGCGUUAGCUGUUCACGUGUCUGGGGGUAAAUUGUACUGGUCGGAUAGUAAAACUAAAACGAUAAAUCGUUCCUCUAUCGACGGCUCAUUUAUGGAGAAAAUACUGGAAUGGAUGGGAUUGGUUGAAGGUUUAGCGAUAGAUUGGUCAGGUCAGAACAUCUACUGGACGGACACGAGCUCGCAGCGCAUAGAGGUGGCCCGCCUCGACGGCUCCAGCCGCCGCGCGCUGCUCUGGCAGGGGCUCAAGAAACCCAAGAGCAUCGUGCUUGAUCCUAAGAAAGGUUACAUGUAUUGGUCAGAGUUAGGAUCAAAGAGUAUAAAGCGCGCGGCUAUGGACGGGUCGUCGGCGAGCGUGUUCAUAGAGCAGACGGGGCGCGUGCACGCGCUGGCCAUAGACUACGAGACGCGCACGCUGUACUGGGCGGCGCUCGACCCCCCCGCCAUAGAGUACGCAUUCCUCAAUGGCACGGGCAGGAGGAUUUUAGCUAAUAAUAUAUCCAUGCCAUAUGCGUUAACUAUCUAUGGUGAACGAGUGUUUUGGGGAGAUUGGAAUACCGGUAUAGUUGAAUCAGCAAUGAAGAGCGACGGCGGGUCGCGUAGACGUGUGCACAGCGGGCUGGACUACAUCUCCGACUUGAAGGUGUUUGCGCGCGGGCGCGAGCCGGCCGGCUCCCAGUGUGCGGCGGACAACGGCGGCUGCGAGCACCUCUGCCUGCCGCGCCCUGCCCCCCGCCCCGCGGCCCGCCCUGCGCCACGCCCCGCACCAGACUACCGCUGCGCCUGCCCCGCGCACUACUCACUCAACGACGACAACUUGACAUGCUCCGAGCCAGAAGAAUACCUGCUAUUUGCGCAAAAGAAUGCAAUAGGUCGCAUCAUGGUGGCAACUGGUGAGGUCAAUGACGCUUUUAUACCGUUGACUGGACUCAAGAGUGUCAAGGCCAUAGAAUACGAUCCUGUCAGCAAGAAUCUCUAUUGGAUGGAUGACGACUCGCACGCGAUACGCCGCGUGCCAAUAUCG